AUUUACAGUUGGGAGAGUUAGACGUUUUAUUUUUAUUGUUCUCAAUCAUGUUUUGAUAAACUUUUGUACAUAGUGCAAUACUUUUGUGAAUAUUUAUUUUCAUAUUUCGCAAUAACGUGAAAGACAGUGGCGUGAAAUAAAUUAUAACAUUCUUAAUAGUGUUCUUGACUUAAGAAAGUUUUUCGCGCCAAGGAAUAUGCAUAAAUAGUAAAUAGAAGCUUACAAAUCAACAACAAAGAUCAUCAACACCAGAAGUGUGAUAUGUUUUUCGUGCAGGUAGCAAUGAAAUCGAUGUCGAAGCAAAAUAUCCCCCACCCUCCUUUCUGACUAAAGUGGGGUCCCCCGCCCUACGUAGGGGAAGUAAAGGUAGACAAAGGGUAGUCACCCCUAUUCGGAGGGGAGCUGAGCCUUGGGCGACCGACUUUGGAAGGGGAAGGGAUUAUUAUUUCGAGUUUCUUUUUCACUUUCUAACGGAUUGUACAAGUGUGGGAAACUUUACUUGUCCUUAGUUAUAUAUAAUGUAACAUAACGUUACACACUUUACAAUAACUUGUGUCAAAUAAAUGCAUUGUUGGUAAUAAAUUUGCAAAACAAAUAAUUGUUGUGUUCAACUAACUUGUUAUUGAAAGAAGAAAAUUAUAAUAAAUACAAGACUGUCGCCUUGAUAAAUCCCAUGGAGUUAAUGAUAAAGCAGAGUCUCAUAGCUAAGAGCAAGCUGGCUACAAUAAAACGCUCUGAGGGGGUGACACACUUCACCUGUGUGGAAUGCUCCGCUGAAUAUGAUGAUAAAGAGAAGCUUGAAUUACACCUGUUCUCACACUAUCAUACUUAUAGAUUCAUUUGCGGUGUCUGCGGGACAGGGUUGAAGCGGAAGGAACAUUUAGACAGACAUAUGCAGGAACACACAGAGUACCGCCCGCAUAUAUGCCCAGACUGUGGCAAAGGAUUCAAGAGGAAAGAGCAUCUCAAUAUACACAUGACAAUACACAAGGGUGAUAAAAAUUUGAUGUGUUCUCUAUGUCAAAAGGCCUUCUAUCGCAAGGAUCAUCUGCAGAAGCACUUGCAGACUCACAACAAGAACUUCGUAAAACAAACUUCAAUUCUGGAGCCAGACAUAGACAUCAAGCAAGAGACGGAGGAAUAUGAGGAGUUCAAUCCGAUCAUAACAAAUGUCAUCGGUAAUGAUGAGGCACAGGCCUUCAUGGAGACAGAUGAUCAGAAUUCAAGCGAAUCCACAUCCGAUCAGAAGGAUAUAAAGCCAGAGCCUGUAGUCGAUGCCUCGAGACCGUUUGUAUGUCAGGACUGCGGCAAGAGUUACAAGAGGAAGGACCACCUCAAGAUACACAGUUGGACACACAUCAAGAGGGAGGUGCUCUGUGGACAGUGUGGAAGAGCAUUCCACACGGCCGACCAGAUGUUGGUUCACGUGAACCUGGUCCACAUCCGCACACACGAGACCACGGGCGGAGUGGCGCAGCUGAGGGCGUUGCUCGGAGACCAGAUCGACGUCGAGGUGCUGAACAACAGCUCGAGCCUGCUGGUGGAGCGUGAGGCGUCGAGUCCGGAGCGCCGGCCCCACGAGUGUCCGGUCUGCCACCGGAAAUUCAAAAGGAAACAACAUCUGAAAGUCCACGCGAACGUACACUUCAAACAGACCCACACUGUGUGGUGCUCGCUUUGUAACGAAGGUUUCAGCGAUAACACUCAGUUCGAGGGUCACCACUGCCAGUUCACGAACCAGAGCCAGGGUGAGGGGGCGGAGUACGAGGACACGCGGGACAGCCCCCCGCAGGACGCCAAGAAAGAAAACCACCCCAUAGACUUCGUGGAGGUGGAGCUGAACGACCCGUCGAGCGAGUCCCGCCUGCCCCUGCCCCGGCGCGUGUAUGUGUGCAAGUACUGCGGGAAGCCGUUCAAGAGAAAGGAUCACUAUAAGAUACAUCUGCACAUACACACCGGCGUCAAGAGCUUCUUCUGCCCCGACUGUGGGAAAGGCUUCUACCGCAAGGAUCACCUCCAGAAGCACAUGAUAGUUCACGCGAAGUUCAAGUUGAAGCCCAAAAACAAGAAGGAGGUGCCCGACCUCGUGCCCAUAGACACCCUCAAGAAGGAAGUCAAGCCUGAGAUUACUAUACAUGCUCCUUCGAACACCAAGCUCCGCAUGCCGCUCCAGAUCAAGGUUCCCUACCAGAUGGUGAUGAGCUUGGACAACGGGGAGCAGACAGCGGUCACCAUAGACCCCACCGACGACACUCACAUCGUCAUAUAGCUUGUAUACAUGUGUGGUGACCGUGGCCUGAUAACGCCGACACCGUUAUAUUAAGCGUGAACUGGCUGAUGAUGAUGAUGAUGACGAAGAUGAUGAUGAUGAUGAUGAUGAUCUCGAUUAAUUUCGUAAUUGAUGUUAAAAGAUCUUCUGAAUCAUAAUAUGCGUGUUACAUACUAUGUGUAAUUUUCAUCAGCAGCGUUGUCACACUAAGCGAUACUUUUCUCCUGUCGUGUUAUUAAAGUGAUAUUUUUCAUGUUGUAAUGAGCGAGGGCCAUCGACACUACCGUUAGUGUCCGUAGUUAUGAUAGGUAUUUGUGUCUCAAUCGUAUAGAACACUGGAAUAAUAUUUUUUCUCUUGGCUAGUUUCGUAUAAACUACUAAAAUGAUCUCUUUAUAUAAUAAAGUAGUGUUCUCUAGCGAUCUGUACAUAUCUUAAAUUUAUCAGAAUAUUAAAGUAAUUUCAAUGUUCUUAGUUAGUAAAAUUUUGCAGAUCUCUCUGGUGUUUGUCUCGCAUGUCGUAAGUAGUUUUUCUAAUGCAGUCCCAGUUUGUAAUUUUGACAAAAUUUUUAUAUAACAACGUCACUGGCGUAUUUUGUUGAUGAUCCGGUUUGUAUAUGUUAGAUAUUUAUAUUGUGAAAGACGAGGUCUUGAAAUAUAUGUUUUAAAAAUUUUUUUGGAACAAAGAUUCGCUGGAGGCGCCGCGGACGCGCCGGAUGUUACAAAUGAUUGUCAAACGAUUCUAAGUUCCUUGUCGUCUUACGCGAAACAUCUUGUGAUCGUAUUUCUAAGUUCAAAUGGUAACAUGAAGUACAAAAUAAAAAUAUUUUGCACUGAUCUCAAA